AUGAAAUCAAAUAAUCAAUUAUGGAAACUAGACUUAUUAGAGUCCAAAUUUGAAAAAGCAACUCCUAGAUUCAAUCAUACAAAGAAAUUACUAUUGUCAAUUUCUACAAAUUCAACUAAUUUAGUUAAAAAAUUACCUAAAGAUGAACACGAGGUCAAAGGUCAAAUUAAAGAAUUGAAGAAAAUUGCAUUUGAACAUAAAUAUCACUCAGGUUAUAACAAAUUGGAAAAGGAAAUAAAUAGAAUACUUAAACAAAAACCAACAGAGUUAUUAAAAAAUGAAGCUAUAUUGAACAAUUUCAUAAUUUCAAAGAUUCUUAAAUGUAUACAAAAUUCAAUAUUAAAUUCAAAAGAACUAAAAUUGGACCCUCCAAAUUAUAUAAAUGAAGAAAUAAGAUCAAUUAUAUUAGAUAAAUCAAACGAUUCAAAUCCUACUGGGUUUUUCAAAAAGUAUUGUCAAAAUGACAAGAUUGCAAAUAAUCAAAUUUCAAAUUUAUCAAAUAAUAAAAAUGUAAAGAAAAUAAUGGAUGAAAUAGAAUGGAGCUUCAAAAUGGUUAGGGGUAAUUUGACUAAGCAGGAGAAGAAGGAUAAAAAGAAAGCUACUGGUGGAGAAUUUAUAAGUGGUGAUGAACCAGAAGAAGAGGAUGACGAUGAAAGUAAUGAGUUAAGUGAGGAGGAAGAAGACGAAGAGCAAGAAGUAGAAGAUGAUGCUGAUGAGGAUAUUUAUUUGGAGAAGGCUUAUGACAAUUUUGCAGUUUAUGAAAAUGAUGAAAAAGAAGAAGGGGAAGAGGAGAAUUUUGAACUUGAUCCAAAUAUAAAUUAUGAUGAAAUAACAGAAGAAGAACCAUCAGAAGAGGAAGAUUUAAAAGAUGAUGAAAGUGAGGAUGGAGAAGUAGAGUCAGAAGUUGAUGAUUUCUUUGAAGAAGAACCAUCACUCAAAAAAUCAAAGAAAUCAAAAGAAGAAGAAGCUUAUAAUUUACCUGAAUUAGCAACUGGGUAUUGUUCAGGUGGAUCUGACGAUGAAGGUGAUAUUGAUAAUGAUAAGAUAAUAAAAGAACUAACAUCACAACGUAAGAAUCGAAGAGGUCAAAGAGCAAGACAGAAAAUUUGGGAAAAGAAAUAUGGUAAAAAUGCAAAACAUGUCACACAAGAAAGAGAAAGAAUAGCUAAUGAAAGAGAAAAACGUAGAUUAGAAUUUGAAGAAAGAGAAAGAAAAAGACAAUUAAAAGCACAAUUACAAAAACCAACGGGUGCAAAUAACGAACCAAUAGGUGAAAGAAAAGAAAACAAGGAAACGAAACCAAGAGAGGAUAAGAUUCAUCCAUCAUGGGAAGCUAAAAAGCAAGCAGAAGCAAAAUUAAAAACAAGUUUUCAAGGUAAAAAAGUUGUAUUUGAUUAA